ACGGACUCUUUCCAUUUGUCUUUUAUGUUUGUUUUAUGCCUUGCCUCUCGUAAUUAUCUACAAGCCGGAGUGGAAUGUGAUCGAACCCCCAGCUUCAGCUUCUGUGUCGAUCCCCUCUUUUCUUAUAACCUCAAUCCUCACUCUUUUUGCAUGAACAGUAGAAAAAGAAAGAAACUCGUGCUUUGCAAGGACUGGUAUGCUACGCUAGUUUUGCUUGAUCCAAAGUAGUUUACAAACUUUACAUGAAAACUAAACUACCCCAGUUGGGAAAAACGCAUGUCAAUUGCCGCUUUGGAAGUAUCUUGGUUUCUGUGUCACGUUGAAAAUGCAGUCUCAAUGAUUUUGUCUAUGCGGAAUUUUGAUGGGUUUGUGGCUAUGGAAUGUUGUGUUAAACAAGGUGGAGGGUUUUAGAUUUUUUUUUUUUUUGUAAUUUGCUGGUGGUGUAAGGUACAGAUAUGAAUGAGAAAGUAUUUUCGUCAGUUGUGGUUGCUGGGAAAGUGGUGGUGGUUGCUGUUAAGGCGUCAAAAGAGAUACCAAGGAGUGCUUUGGUGUGGGCUUUGACUCAUGUUGUUCAACCUGGGGACUUCAUUAAAUUGCUGGUUGUCAUCCCUGCUCACUCUGAGAGUAAAAAGUUGUGGGGAUUCUCAAGAUUAACCAGUGACUGCACUACUGGUCACUGGAAGUCCCAAUCAGGAACCUGGUUAGAUCAAAAAGACUAUGUUUCGGAUUUGUUCUCUGAAAUGAUGCUUCAACUCCAUCAUGUUUAUGACCCUGAGAAGAUAAAAAUCAGGGUAAAAGUUGUUUCUAGCUCAUCUUCUGGAGUUGUGGCUGCUGAAGUGAAGAAGGCUCAAUCUAACUGGAUUAUAUUGGACAAACAUCUGAAGCAUGAGGAGAAAAGCUGCAUGGGAGAGCUAAAAUGCAAUGUUGUGGUUAUGAAACGUUCUGGAGCAAAGGUUCUCCGUUUGAAUUUGAUUGGAUCACCAAUGAUGGAACCCCAGAUGCCUUUGUCAUUUCCAUUCAAUAUAGAAGAAACUUCAAAAGACUUUGACAGUAAGCAUGAACAGCAAGAUGUACUGAGAGGGCCAUUUGUGACUCCUGCAAGUAGUCCAGAGCAUGAAUCAUCACUGACUCCAACAGAUGUUGGAACAUCAUCAGUGUCAAGCUCAGAUCCAGGGACUUCACCAUUAUUUCUCUCAGAAAUUUAUGGGAAUCAGAAGAAAGAGCAUUCAUAUAUUACUGAAGGAAAUUUAAGCCUUUACGAAUCUGACUCUGAUUCGAAUACUGAAAAGCUGGCUCCUUCAUCAACAAGGUUAUAUUUCCAGCCAUGGAUGGAUGAAAUUCUUAGUUCUAGUGGUGAACUUUCAAAAAAUCUGGUGGAGGGUUUCAAUAGGCCAAAUGAUACCAAUCUGGCUUCCACAUAUAAAAACAUGUUGGAGAAUUUAUCUAAGCUUGACCGAGAACCUGACAUUGGAGUGCUGAAUUACAGGACUGAUCUCAACUUAAGCAAAAGUGUUAGAAAAGCAAUUUCCUUGUCCACAAAUGCUCCUCUUGAUCCUCCUCCAUUGUGUUCAGUAUGUCGACACAAGACUCCCAUAUUUGGAAGUCCUCCUAAGUGGUUUACUUAUGCUGAACUGGAACAUGCUACAGAUGGAUUUUCACAAGAAAAUUUCUUAGCCACAGGAGGAUUUGGUUCUGUUCAUCGAGGAAUGCUAACGAAUGGCCAGGUGGUUGCUGUAAAGCAAAACAAAUUGGCUAGUUCUCAAGGUGAUAUAGAGUUCUGCUCUGAAGUUGAGGUUUUAAGUUGUGCACAACAUAGAAAUGUAGUGACAUUAAUUGGAUUCUGUGUGGAGGACGGAAGAAGAUUGCUGGUUUAUGAAUACAUUUGCAAUGGCUCUUUGGAUUUACAUCUUUUUGGAUGUGAUCAAGAUCUGUUGAAAUGGCCUGUACGACAAAAAAUUGCAGUUGGAACGGCAAGGGGGUUGAGAUACCUUCAUGAAGAAUGUAGAGUCGGCUGUAUUGUCCAUCGUGAUAUGAGGCCGAACAAUAUCCUCAUCACCCAUGAUUUUGAACCAUUAGUUGGAGAUUUUGGACUGGCAAGGUGGCAGCCAAAUGGAGACAUUGGGGUUGAAACAAGAAUAAUUGGAACAUUUGGGUAUUUGGCUCCAGAAUAUGCUCAAAGAGGCCAAAUCACAGAAAAAUCAGAUAUCUACUCAUUCGGGGUAGUAUUGGUGGAACUAAUUACAGGACGGAAAGCUGUUGACAUAAACCGACCCAAAGGCCAACAGUGCCUAACUGAAUGGGCACGUCCACUCCUAGAAAAGCAUGCUAUUCAUGAACUGGUUGAUCCACGCUUAAGUAACUGCUAUUCAGAGCCAGAGGUCCAUAACAUGUUGCAAUGUGCCUCAUCAUGCAUACAGCGGGAUCCUCAUUCAAGGCCUCGCAUGUCACAGGUGCUCCGGAUGUUGGAAGCUGGUGACAUUGUCAUGAAUUCAACAAAUCUCAUAGAUAAUUCACAGAAAGCACCAGUAUAAGGAGGCAACAAGGAGAAGGGAGGGGAAGCUAGUUUUUUGGCAGGUCAUUGGAGUGGCAUUAGAGAAGAGUUCUAAUUUACUACAUACCAGUUAAAACUCUCACUCCUUAGCUCGUCCUGAUUUAAAAUGAAGAACUCAUUGUAUUAUUUUAAUUUUAAUUUUUUGGAUGUAUAGCGGUACGCAAAGGCUGCGAAAUUUGUCAUGUAUGUGCUAUUUUCUCUAGUAAUUCAUUUUUAUGUUGACUUCAGACAA